AUGGAUAUGGAGGGUGCGAGUAUAAAGGACUAUGAGACAGUGUUAACGGACAUUGAGGAUGCUAUUGCUCUGAGUAGCGAAGAAGUGCUAAAUAACCAAGAGCUAAGGCUCAAGAAUACGUUGCACGAAAUUACUUCCAGCAUUUUAGCAAUAAAUGGAGAGAACAAGUUUGUGAACCCACUUAGGAACGAUGACAGCUCAGAUGCAGAGGGAAAAGAGGUAUACAUAAACCCCAAAAUUUUAGGUGCAAAAAUCAAGGAAUUCAAUAAACUAAUGGAGUUACUUAAGUUAACCUACCUGGAACAGGAGACCUUGGACUAUUUCUUUAGAUUUACUUUGUCCUCGACGAAACCCCUGCAGUUAAAUUCUGAAAAAGACCCUCAAUUUGUUAAACUAAAUGAAAGAGUUAAUGAUCUGAAAGAAGAAAUUUCGAAUGUUCAAGAAAGUAAAAUAGAACAAAUCAAAACUGAAAUUCAAGAGACAGGCCGUAAUUUUGCCGAAAAGCAAGAUUUAAUAAAUGAGCUCUAUCUGGAGGCCACAGGAGAUAUUGAAAGUUGUUGGGAUUCACUCAACGAACUGAAACAUUUUACAAACAAGGAAGAUAAAAACAUGAUAGGAGAAAAAGAUACCAUACUAAAUUCAAGUGACUCAGAUGGUUUUGUAGAGGAGACAUACGUGAACUGGCAAAAACUGCUAUUUUUGCAGAAGCAAAACCAAAAGUUAACGAAAGAGUUGAAGGAAAUGCGUGAAGUUAAAAAUCAAACGAUACGAAAAGGAGAGCAACUAAAAAAAGAGGAUUCAAUGCACACAAUGGCCAAUGAAUCAGAAUUAUGUCAGUCAAUUAAUCUGCUAAUAAAAUUCUGGGAAAAGUACUUCUUAUCGGAAGGAUUAAAGUCGACUAUUUUAAAUUUCGAAAUCUUUACCCAACUUGGUAAGGUACAAUUUGAGAUAAAAGAUAUGCAAUAUAUAAUAGCCAUAUCUUUAAGCGAUUCAAAAAGGCCGAUGAUAAAGGAUAUUACUAUUUUACAAAAAGCGGGUGGUAAUAUAGUCACUAACAUUGAAGCAAGCAGUAAAUUUAACAAUAGGUACCAAAAUAAUAGUAAGAUGCAAAUCUUUGAGGUGAUGGAUGACAUUAUAAGCGAACUAACAAACGAAUAA